AUGGCCCCUUCAACACUCAUUUUGAAUCUUCUCCUUGCUCUAAUAUUUUUCCAAAAUUUCGAUGAUUCAUCAUCGUUGUCUCUUUCCGUAGAGAAUCUGAAAGAAGACAUAAUAGUGUCAUCACCCAAACAAACAUUCACCGCAGGCUUUUACGCCGUAGGAGAAAACGCAUACUGUUUCGCAAUAUGGUAUACCCAACCACCCCACACCGUUAUUUGGAUGGCCAACCGGGACCAACCGGUAAACGGAAAACGCUCCACGCUUUCCCUUCUCACAACCGGUAACCUCGUACUCACCGACGCUUCUCAGUUCCAAGUGUGGUCCACAAACACCGUCGCCACAUCCAAACGAGUUCAGUUAAGUUUGCACGACACUGGGAACCUCAUACUGCUCGAAAGCCAAGACCGUUCCUCCAACGUUGUUUUGUGGCAGAGCUUCGAUUUCCCAACCGACACGCUUCUUCCUGGUCAAAUUCUGAGCAAGAGCACCAACCUCGUUUCCUCGAGAAGCGGGAGCAACUACUCCUCCGGUUUCUACAAACUCUUCUUCGACUUCGAGAAUGUUCUUCGCAUCAUGUACCAGGGUCCUCAAGUUUCCAGCGUUUAUUGGCCAGACCCUUGGCUUCAGAACAACAACUUCGGAAACGGUGGCGCGGGAAAUGGUCGAUCCACUUAUAACGAUAGCAGGGUGGCUGUGCUUGAUGAUUUCGGCUACUUUAAUUCUUCCGAUAACUUCAGUUUCAGAAGCAUUGAUUACGGGACGGUGCUUCAACGGAGAUUGACCCUCGACCACGACGGUGGUGUGAGGGUGUACAGCCAGAACGAUGGGGAAGAGAAGUGGACAAUGUCUGGGGAAUUUCGCUCGCAUCCAUGCUACGUUCAUGGGAUUUGUGGAGCCAACAGUUAUUGCAACUACGAGCCUUCCAGUGGUAGAAGGUGUUCGUGCCUUCCAGGUCAUUCCUGGGUUGAUAGUGAAGACUGGUCUCAAGGUUGCAAACCGAAUUUCCAACAUUCGUGCAGCGGCAGCAACGCCGAGUAUGAGUCUCGCUUCCUGCGCAUACCUGAUGUUGAUUUCUAUGGAUACGACUAUGGCUACUUUGGAAAUUACACCUAUCAACAGUGUGAGAAUCUCUGCUCGCAGAUGUGCGUAUGCAAAGGGUUUCAAUACAGCUUUUCAGAGGCAAAUGCUUUCUUUCAGUGCUACCCAAAGACGCAUUUGCUUAAUGGGAACAGUCAACCAGGGUUCAUGGGCUCAUUCUUCCUGAAACUUCCAUUAUCGUCCCAUGAUGAGUAUAAGAACACCAUCCAAAAUAAUAGCUUGGUUUGUGGGGGAGAUAGUAAAGGAGUUGAGGUGCUUGAGAGAUCGUAUGUCCAAGAGGGAAAAAAUGGAUCAGUGAAGUUCAUGCUAUGGUUCGCAACUGUCUUGGGAGGAGUUGAACUAUUGUGCAUCUUUCUGGUGUGGUGUUUUUUGUUUAGGAAUAAUAGGACGUUACCCUCAGGUGCUGAGGGACAAGGGUAUGUUCUUGCAGCAGCUGCGGGUUUCAGGAAAUUCAGUUACUCUGAACUGAAACAAGCCUCUAAAGGUUUUAGUGAAGAGAUUGGAAGGGGUGGUGGAGGUACCGUUUAUAAAGGUGUCCUGUCUGAUGAUCGAGUUGUGGCGAUAAAAAGACUACAUGAAGUAGCAAACCAGGGAGAAAGUGAGUUCCUGGCUGAAGUAAGCAUCAUUGGAAGGCUUAACCACAUGAAUUUGAUUGGCAUGUUGGGGUAUUGCGCAGAGGGAAAGCAUAGGUUGUUGGUUUAUGAGUACAUGGAGAAUGGUUCCUUAGCUCAGAAUAUAUCAUCAAGUUCAAAUAUACUUGACUGGAGUAAAAGGUGUAACAUUGCCCUGGGAACAGCAAGGGGUCUGGCAUACUUGCAUGAAGAAUGCUUGGAGUGGAUUUUGCAUUGUGAUAUUAAGCCCCAGAAUAUACUUCUUGACUCUGAUUAUAAACCGAAGGUAGCGGAUUUUGGCUUGUCGAAGCUACUUAACCGGAACAAUCUCAACAAUUCAAGCUUCUCAAGGGUAAGAGGGACAAGAGGUUACAUGGCACCGGAAUGGGUUUUCAACUUACCAAUCACUUCCAAGGUGGAUGUCUACAGCUAUGGCAUUGUUGUCUUGGAGAUGAUCACUGGAAGGAGCCCAACAACAGGUGUCCAAAUCACAGAAUUAGAAGCAGAGUCACCUCAUCCUGAGAGGUUGGUGACAUGGGUGAGGGAGAAGAGGAAGAAAGGAUCAGAAGUGGGACCAUCUUGGGUGGAUCAAAUUGUUGACCCAGCUUUGAGAUCAAACUAUGACAUGAAAGAAAUGGAAAUAUUGGCAACGGUGGCUUUGGAAUGUGUAGAGGAAGAGAAAAAUGCUAGGCCCAGCAUGAGUCAAGUAACAGAGAAGCUGCAGAGUCAUGUGCACAUGAUUGUUGAUGGUUUGAACAAAGAAUAG